GAAGCACUACUUUGAGAAAUUUUGAUCGGACUCGAUAUCGUCGUGCAUUUCGAGGCGAACUGUGUAAGCGAGCUGUGUGUUCCAUCGCACGUUCGCGAGAGAUUUUCUGUCAGCGCAUCUCUAUAGUAUAUCAUUCUGCUAUAGUGAUAAUUCAUAUUCGAUUCAAUUAACGAGCAAGCCAUCAUCACGAUGGUCUUGGCAGAGAGAAACUCGGAAAAUGUACGCAAUGGUCGCAGAUCGCGAGGCCCCAGCCCUAACGCACAGACGGAAUCUUCCAGUGAAGAGGAUGGAGUUCCAGCAGAGAAAAUAAGAGUUGGACGAGAUUACCAAGUGAUUGUUCCUGAACUUGUUCCUGUUAAUGAACGUAGAUUGGAUCAAUGUCCUGAUAGAGCAUUAUUAGUUUGGUCACCAACCACAGAUAUACCAGAUCAGAAACUUGAUGAAUACAUUAUAUUAGCUAAAGAAAAAUAUGGUUAUAAUGGAGAACAGGCAUUGGGAAUGCUAUUUUGGCACAAACAUAAUUUGGAACGUGCAGUCUUGGAUCUAGCAAAUUUUACACCAUUUCCUGAUGAAUGGACGGUUGAAGAUAAAGUAUUAUUUGAGCAAGCAUUUCAAUUUCAUGGCAAGAGUUUUCAUCGCAUUCGGCAAAUGCUCCCUGACAAAUCUAUUGCAAGUCUUGUCAAAUACUAUUAUGGCUGGAAAAAAACACGAAGUAGGACAUCAUUAAUGGACAGGCAAGCACGAAAAUUGACGAGCGGCUGUAAAGAAGGCGAGAAUGGCAGCGAAAACGGAAGCGAGCUCGGCUCCAACACAGAUAGCGAAUCUGAAGAAAAAAAAUGGACGAUCCACCGCGGAAUACGUCGUGGAAAGAACCAAGCUGUGCCAGGAAGCCAAGGCACUGAUGUUAAGGCCCCAUCCGACUCGGAAAACGCCCCUCAGGUUCAGGGCUCAUGUAGCAACUGUGGCGUUGCAUGCCAUAGUGUUCGUGCGACGCCCAAAGGACACGCGUGUCAUAGCUGCUAUCUACAUUGGAGGCGCACCGGUGUAGCGAGACCGUUAACUUCCAUGCCGGGUCGUACGAAUAAAAGAAAGCCACCUCGAGGCUUGGUUGUGAAUCACGAUGAUUUGGCGGCUUUGGCUGGUCAACCAAACCAGGCCAACAACAGUUUGCAAGCGAUCGACACUGAGAUCGUUAGCCUAAAGCGUCAAAUACAAGCCAACAAACAACAAGUGAGCGCACUGAAACGAAAGACUGCCGAUGGUAUUGACCAUCUACGACCACCGGAAGUAUCGAGCCGUAUAAAUGCUCGUUGGACAAACGAUGAAUUGUUAUUGGCUGUUCAAGGUAUCAGAAAAUAUGGAAAGGAUUUCGCCGCGAUCGCUGAAGUUAUCGGAACCAAAACUGAGGCACACUUACGAUCAUUUUUUGUUAAUUAUCGACGAAGAUAUAAUUUGGACGCGGUUCUAAAAGAAUUCGAGGCUGAAAACGGUCCUAUAGUGAUCGAAGAUGAAAAAGAAGAGAAGAUGGAUGUUGAUCAAUCAAACGAUACCGCAGAGUCAUCUCAGAAGGGAAAAACUUCCACUGGGCCUGCACAAGCUACUAAAUAACAAAUGAAUAUAAUCCCAAGUACAAAACGAGAAAAAAAUAAUUGCAGGAUCAGCGAUAACAAUCGAUAAUCGAAAGGUAUUUGAUUAAAUUUAUUAAUGUUUGCUCUUUUCUCUAUAUUUGAUUGUGUCUUAUUUAUGGUGUAAUAUAUACAUUUAUUUAAAAAAUCUAAAAUUAUAUAACAGUGUAAUAUGAGGAUAAUCCAUAUGUAUAAAUUACAUAAAAUUACACAAAAAUUAUAUUUUUCUUAAUCAAAAUAAGCCUGCCUAUAAUAUGUUAUAUUUUUUGUAUCUAAGGCUGAAAAUCGAUCAUUUAUUUGUAUGAAAACAGUAUAAUCGCAUAAUGUCAAAAAUAUUGAAGUUUACACCAAGAAAAGUUAGAAAAAAAUAUGUAUUUAGAUGUAGCCAUAAAAUGCUUCAAACAAUAUGCACGCACUAUACAUAUUAUCAGGUAUAACUUACAUAAAAUUUACAAGUAAAUCUUCAAUAUUAUUUUUGUGAAUAGUAUAUUACAUAUAGAAAAUUAUUUUUCUCUUUUGUAUGGUAUUUAAGCAUAAUAUUUUAUUGUUCUUGAAAUGAUGUGCAUAUAAAACUUAGGACAAUGCAAGAUAAAAAUUGAUCUCAUUUGAAGAAAUCGCUGUAUAAGAUGAUAAAUUAUUAAAUACAUAAAAAUGUUACAUUGAAAGGAUUCUAUGGAUUAGAAAUAAUAUGUAAAAGUGUUCUAAUGAAUUAUAAAGUGUUCAAGUGUUUUAGUAUUUAAAUAUCUUUAAUGAGAGUUUCGCUCUGUCUCUCUGUCUCCAUGGUAAUGCUGUUAUAUUUUGUAUAUCAGCUUCACUUCUCGUGUAUACUUUGUAUUAUUUGUGUGUCUUCUAAUUAGUCUCAUAAUAAUUUCAAUACUCUGGAUGUUUUUUCUCUUCUUUUAUGAAAAUUUUCUAUGAUUCUUUUAUUUAAAAUUCUUUUUAUUUUUACUAGUGGCAAUAAUCAGUAAUCAACAUUUGAUACUUCUUCAAUGAAUGAUUAGAAGAGCAAUAUAUAUAAAAAAGAUAUCAGGCACUUUAAAUAUAUACACAUUUUUCUUUUUAUAAUUAUAAAUUUCACAUAUAACUCAUAUGUUUCUUACAUCUGGGAAAAAAAAAAAAAAAAAAAACUUAAUUGUACAGUAAUCAUAAUAUCGAUAAUUCGCAUUAUAAGAAAAUAGUGACUAGAAAGCAAAAGAAUAUAUCUCGAAUCUAAUUUCAUGAAUAGAAAAACAUAUAUAAGUAUUGUAAUCUAAAAAUUAUGAUGUUAAAAUAUAUAGAUGAUGCCGUCGUAAUUUCAUAAAAUGUAUAUGUUAAUAAGAAGUCAGUGGUAAAGAGAUAAUACGCGUGCCUGCAAAGAGAUUUACAAAGGUUUUAUAAAGCGAUGAUGCAUAGUUUCAGUAUGAAAACUCUGAGUUUUAUUGUAAAUUUCUAUUAUAAACCUAUUUAUUGAUAAUAACACUCCAGGUAAUAAUAGAGAGUGCACAUUUCGCGAAACUUUAUUUAUAAAAUCGAUAGCAAUUAAGUACUAAAUAUGUUUUCAUGUAUUAGUAUAAUGUAGAUAAUAUACCAAAUCAUUCACACAACUGCACCAGCUUCCUGAUUAAAGAUAUAUAGCAGCAUGAUAGUGAGUGAUACAAAUGUGAAAAUAGAAUAUAAGAUUAGUAUAUGAUUUACAUGUAAUGCAAAUAUUAAAUUAAUCGAAAUUUUUUUUCCUUUUUUUUACACUGAGGUGCCUUGAUAUUAUCCCUUUUGUGACGCAGAGUAUGCGAAACUAUCGCCACUUGAAAAUCUCUUAUUGAGUUUGAACAAGCAAUGUGUCUAUUGACAUGUUAUUGCACGUUUAGAAAAUGUCAACAAAUCCUAUUGCAAAUGCUAUUCUUAUUAUACAUAUAUUUUUCACAACAAAACAUGUACAUAGCUGAUAAUUAUAUUAAAUAUGGAAGUCUAAAUUAAAUAUGUAGGCAGACAGAGAUUUAGUUUCUCAAACCUAUAUUUAAUUAUAAUAAUGGUAGUGAAAAAAAUAAUUAAAUAGAUAUUUAUUAAUAGAUAUCUACACAGAAAGCUAAAAUGAAAUCAAUUUACAAAUCAAAUUACGCAAAUAAUUGUUUGCAUAUUUUGUGCGUGCUUUGCAAGAUCUCAAUUGCAACUAAAAUUAACAAAUCACAUUUUCUAAAUAAAAGAAUAUUUCUUUUCACACACACUUAAAAAAUAAUAAUAAUAAAAUAAUUUAAAUCGCAUGAUCCUAAAAGUAAUUUGAUUAAUUUGAUUAGAAAAAUGAUACUUUUUAAACAUGAGUUUAAGCGCAUAUGUUGGAUGAAAAAUUAUUCAGAAUAUAUAAUUAUAUAUUCUGAUAUAUACAUAAAUCAUGUUAUGGUAUUUCCAUCACAAUGUGUACAUACUUAAUAUCAUUGUCACCGAUAAGAGUGAUAUAUCUCAUACAAACGCGAUAGAUCUUAACAAUUGAGAUGAUGAAUAUAAAAGCGAAGGAUAUUAGUGUGUUUUAUCAAAGUGAAAGAUAUUGUUAUAUUAAAAAGGACUCUUAGAUAAAUCGUUGAUAUAUGCGUGCAUUAUUGUCGUACGAGAAAAGCAUGGUUUUUGUAUGAAACAUCUCAGUUCUAUCAUAAAUUAAUCUUUUUCUAAAAUAUUAAAUUUUCUCAUCUCUAAGAAAACACUUUACAGAGCAUUAACCUUCGUAUCUUCGUAUAUAUUGUGUUUUAUUUAUUUUCAUAUUAGGUUUGACAAAUUAGAUAUAUUUUUAUAUACUCGCGCAUAAUAUCUUUUUAAGAAUUCAUCAUAGAAAAAUAUUCGAGUAUAUUAAACGAUAAGAACGGGAUAUCGUGCUAUGUGAUUAUAGAUUUGAUAUAUGAGUAUGCAUAUGCAGAAUCUGCUAGAUAAUUUCUUUAUCUUAUGUAAGAAACAAGGAUUUAAUAAAAUAAAUUUUUGCUGUGCGUAUAUACUUGAAAUUGUUUGAAAUAUAUCGAUACGAAUGAUGUAAAAGUCUUCGCUAUCAUCUCUAGUAUGGAUGUUUACAAGAAAAAAUUGAAAUUAUAAAUUAUUAAAAUUGAAAUUAUCUGUCAUUAUAUAUGAAUAGCUAUGUUAUAUAUAGCGACGAAAAAGGAUUAUCUUAUAGAGAUAGGAAAAACAACUCGUAGUGUUGUAAUGUAAAUGUAUAAAGAUCGAUAAAGUCUAUUUGUUUAUACACAUUGCUGGGAAUGUGUGUAACGAAUAUUUGGCUAUCUGUAAGUUGUACACAUGUAAUUAAUUAAAUAUGUUUUAUGCAUUA